CCCCGAUUUUUUCUACGACCCCAUCCUGUCUGGGCCCCUUCCGCCCGGGCCCGAGAGAUCCUGGCGGCUCCGAGCUAUUCCGAGCCCGGGCGCUGUCGCUCCGUGUUUCGGGCCCCGGGGGACUCCUCGCGGCUCGGCGCGGCUCGAGGAGCGACGCGGGCAAUGGGGCCCAGGGGUCCGGUCGUGGUUUCUGGCGACGUUGGGAUUUCGCCCCAGACAUGAUGGCCACGCAUCGCGUGCCCAACGCGUCCGUACCGUGUGCGUGGCGCGGCGGCGCAGCGCACUGCCCCACGCAACGCAACGAGCGCGCCGCGCCCGGCCUGCGUGUUCUGCGGUCUCCGGCCCGCGGGGAGCUCCGCAUUUGUCGGUGCGCUGGGCGUGCUGCGUGCGGCGCAGUAUCGGGGCAGCCACGGCCAGCGAUGUGCCUCGAGGUGGACCCAGACCCCCUCGAGGAAGGGGUCUGGACUUCCAGGGACGCCGUCCCGACAAAGAUCAGGGCGCCGCAUGUCUGGGCAGGCACCGCCGACUUCGGCGAGGCACCGCCGCUGCAUCGGCGGUGCGGCACGCUGCUCCGGCUCCGACCCCACGCGGGCCCCGUGGGGGAGGCCCCCGGAUCUGCUCCCGCCUCCCGCUGCUGCCUCCCUCCCCCGGCCGCCCGUGCCUUGUGCCGGCCGCCUCUUCGUUCGCUCUCCUGGGUCUGCCGAGGGUGGUUUUUAGACCCCUCGGCCGCCCCUCGCGUGUACAGGUCGUCGCGACCGCGUGCCCUCGACGUUUUUGCCUCCAGCCGAGCUGGAGCGAGUCCGUCGGAGGCGCCCGGGUCGGCGGGUCGACGGCGAGCUCCGUUCGCUCCCCCGGUCGGCCGGGGGGGGUUUUGGGACCCCUCGGCCGCCCCCAUCCUGUACAGGUCGUCGCGACCGCGGGCCCUCGACGUUUUUGGCUCCGGCCGAGCCGGAACGAGGACGUCGGAGGCGCGCGGGUCGGCGGGUCGGCGGCGAGCCGCUCCGCGCGAGCCAGCGGCGGCCGCGCGGCGGUGGCGCGCGGCUGCCCGCUCUUGCACGCCCUGGGGAGGCCGCAACGCGGUCGAGCGCUGCAGCCACCUCCCGCGGUGCCCUCCCUUGCACGCCAGCCUUGCCCGCACAGACAGGCAGAUUGCCGGUGCCCUGGGGCGAGGGAGGAGACCACAGGGAGGCACGCCGUUCCCCUUGCUGCCCCGCUGCCCCCCUGGAGACCAGACGGAGGCACGCCGUUCUCUGCUGGCCCGCGCAGCAGCGGGAGUUCAGCCUUGCUCGCAGCCUUGCCUCCGCAUGAUUAUAUAAGUGCAGGCGUAGCGGGGCUCGCGAGGUGCGAAUCGGGGACCUCGCCUGCUUCGGAG